AUUUUCAGUUUCUUAGGCUCCACCCACAACGUGUAAAGAGUCUUAAGUGUGACCUGAUAAGUAAUCAAGCAAAUGAGUGAUACCCACAUCUGAGCCAAAUGCCUUCAGACUUUGUGCUUCAACAAUAAGCCAUGCAACAGGACCGCCCACGUUAUGUGAUUGACAGGCCGGCAUAUAACCUCCCAGACUUCGACAGAGAGUUUGACAAGAGGAGUAGACAGUUCCCUGUUGGAGAGAAAGUAAAGAAACUCUUCAGAUGCUCUCUGCCGAGACUGAAGGGCUUGUUAUUCAGACAUCUGCCUGUACUGAGCUGGCUUCCCAAGUACAAAGCGAAAGAAAACUUGCUGUGUGAUGUCAUCAGCGGGGUCAGCGCCGGCACCAUUCAGGUUCCCCAAGGCAUGGCAUUUGCCCUCCUGGCAAAUCUCCCUCCCGUCAAUGGUCUCUACUCGUCUUUCUUCCCCCUCAUCCCGUAUUUCUUCAUGGGCACUGCUCACCAGAUGGUUCCAGGUACUUUUGCUGUCCUCAGCAUUAUGGUGGGAAUCGUGUGUCUUAGGCUGGCUCCGGAGUCAGACUUUGGUCAUUUCAAUGCCACUCUCAAUACUACAAUAGUGGACACAGACAGGAUGAAUGAGAUUCGCCUGGGAAUAUCUGGAACCCUGGCCUGCCUCACUGCGAUCAUACAGAUUGGCCUUGGCUUUAUGCAGUUUGGCUUUGUUGCCAUCUAUCUGUCUGAAUCCUUCGUCAGAGGCUUCAUGACUGCUGCAGGAUUGCAGAUCCUCAUCUCAGUGCUCAAAUACAUCUUUGGCAUCAAAGUGCCACCUUAUAGUGGCCCGCUGGCUGUUGUAUAUACUCUCAUAGAUAUUAUAGCUGGCCUUCCUGAUACCAACAUAGCGUCGUUAGUAUUUGCUCUGGUGAGCAGCGUUGUUCUGAUUAUCGUGAAGGAGCUGAGUGCACGCUACCGCCACAAGCUGCCCUUCCCCAUUCCUAUGGAGAUCAUUAUUGUGGUGGUGGCAACAGCCAUCUCAGGCCCUCUGCAUCUUCCUGAGAUCUAUCACAUGGACAUAGUGGGGGAAAUCCCUCUGGGUUUCCCAGCACCAAUCCUGCCAACAGUGAGUCAGUGGGAAGACAUGUUGAGCACAGCUUUCUCCUUGGCAAUAGUGGGGUAUGUCAUCAACUUGGCUAUGGGCAGGACACUGGCAGCCAAGCAUGGCUAUGAUGUGGAUCCCAACCAGGAAAUGUUGGCUCUUGGCUGCAGCAAUUUCCUCGGCUCCUUCUUUAAAAUCCAUGUGAUCUGCUGUGCCCUGUCUGUAACCCUGGCUGUAGACAGUGCUGGGGGAACAUCACAGUUUGCCAGUUUGUGUGUGAUGCUGGUCGUAAUGAUUACCAUGCUUGCAUUGGGAGCCUACCUGAAACCACUUCCAAAAUCAGUGCUUGGAGCUCUAAUUGCAGUCAACCUGAAAAACACACUCCUUCAGCUCUCUGACCCCUAUUACUUAUGGAAGAAGAGCAAAUUAGACUGUUUUGUGUGGGUUGUGUCAUUCUUGGCCACAUUCUUUCUUAGCUUGCCUUAUGGAGUUGCGAUCGGAGUGGGCUUUUCCAUCCUGGUAGUGAUAUUCAAAACACAGUUUCGUAAUGGCUCAGCAAUGGUCCAGGUUAUGGAUACAGAUAUCUACAAAAACCCGAAGGCGUACACUAAGGUCGUGUCAGUAACGGGUGUUAAAAUAGUGAACUACUGUUCACCACUCUAUUUUGCAAAUGCUGAAAUAUUUCGCCAGAGGGUAAUCAAAAAGACUGGGCUGGACCCUGGCAAACUUAUUCUGGCCAAGCGGAAGUUCUUAGAGAAAGAACAGAAGGAAAAGGCAAAAAAUGAGAAAAGGGACAAGGAGACAAGAAGGAGAAAGCCCAGCUCUUUGGUUAGCAUGAAGGUUCAGACCAUAUCUCAGCUUGAACUGCAAAAUGACUUUGAUAUGAACGAUAGCAGUGCCAACAAACCUGAACCUCCCACCAGUUAUGUCAACUUCCACUGUAGUGACAUUGAGCUGGGUGAGCAGGCGCCUGACCAAGAGCCACCCAGUCCCUCUGCUGUGACACUGGAGUUGCAGCCCAUGCCCUUCCACACCCUCAUCCUGGACCUGGCAGGGGUCUGCUUUAUUGAUCUAAUGGGCAUCAAAGUACUGAUAAAGAUGAACUCAAGCUACGAGAUGCUGGGCAUUAAACUAUACCUGGCUGGUGUUCAAGCCCAGGUGUAUGAGGAACUGGAGGCUGGAGGAGCUUUUGAUAACGGCAAUAUUGCCCGCAGUAAUCUCUUCCUUUCUGUCCAUGAUGCCAUUCUGUUUGCUCAGCACACCUCUGGAGAGAGGCGAGCCUCCGUAAAGGCAGAGAGAGCAAGCCAGGAACUUGCUUUUAACAUUAAUGAGGAGAUGGAUUUGGAACAGGAGAUGUUUUGAGCACUGAUUGCUGCAGUGGAGAUGCGCAGAAGAAAGAUACCAAAAAUAUUGACAAUAAUCUUCAGUGUCACUGUAAUUCAUGGAAAUUUAUUGUUGCCAAAAUAUAUUCUGUUCUUCUUUUUGCUGACUAUCAAUUAUCCCAAAUAAAAUGUUUUAAUUUGUGGUUGCCCACAGUAAUCAGUGCUCGACUCUGCUCACAGGGGGGUGGUACAUACCAGCACAAGAAACCCCCAACAACAAGUAAGGUCUGAGCAGAUAAUGAGGGGGACUCUGAGUCUCAGUUCACCCACCCCUCACAAUAACUAUGGAGUGAACCUGCUGACUGCGCAGUCAUACAGAAGUGGUCCUGUAAUUAACUGGAGUGUGCAUGGCCACAGCUGUGAGGUACAGCCAGCUGAGCAGUCUGGCCAAAUCCCUGUGGAGGCAAGACGUUGAGGAAGGCUAAACAUAAAUGAAAGGAGGAAUACAUAGCAUCAGCAGUUUCAUGGCUUUGUUGUCUUCAACUCUAUUAAAGACCAUAGGCUGCAUCAUUUUCCAUAAGGAAGAAUAAAGCCACAACAACCAAAAUAACGCUUGUAGUUGUUGCUGGUUGCAUCAGUGGAGUGACAAAGAGUAACAAAGAAAAAUAUGUGGGCCAACUAACUUGUGUUUGUGUAGCAGGUGCUUAAAGGCCUGUGGUGUCUAGUCUAGCAGCAGGCUGACAGUGGUGUUGGUAUGCCUGUGAUGCAUGAAUGGAUUUAUGAAGCUAUUAAGAAAUCAUCCUAAGGUAUUCUGGCACACAUCUGCUCCUCUGCUCCCCUUCCUCUCUGCAGCAAUUUGGCACAACAAGUGAUUACAAGGUUUCUAUGGCCAUCAGCUUUAAUUUGGAGCUCUGGGAAAGUCUCUCAUCACUUAAUAUGUGUGUGCGCGUGUGUGUGAGAGAGAAAGAGAGAACAUGUUUGUGUUUAAUUUCAUCACCUGCAGCUCAUCCUUGUCUUUCUUUUCUCCCUGAUUGCUUUCAGACCGUCUGUAGAAGCCCUCUGCUUGAGCCUG